CCUGUCUGGGAAUUAAUCGGUGCUGGGUCUGUGGCCUUGCGCUUGAUGUCACACAGCGAGGGGCCACCAGCUUCCCCAACACAGGCCGAACCACGGACCUCCGCACUGAUUCACCGAGCCCCACUCCUCCUGGAGGAGGCGGCGGCGUUGCCGGGGGUGACCGGGCAGAGGGAGGCCGGCGAGAGCAUCAUGUCGUCCAGGAGCUUUGGUUCAUCGUGGUGAUGGCCGCCAUCGCCCUGCUGCUGCUGGCCGUGGCGUUAGGAGUCAUGCUUCACAGGGCCCUGAAUAAACCCCCCCUCACCAGGGCGAGGCCUCCUCUGGUCGCUCUGCCCAUGCAGAAGAGGAGCCCCAUGGCCGUGUACCCGCCCAGCAACUCUGUCCUGUUCGACACGGUGCCAGACACUACCGGCUUCUCCAGCAGUGUGACCCUGAAGGGAUUCUCCAUGAAGAUUGAGGAGAUUCUGGAGGCUAAGUGCGAGCCCGCCGGAGAGAUCGAUGCAGGAGAGGAAGUGGGCGUUCUCAGCGUGAACUCCCUGCGGCGCAGCAUCAGCCAGGUGAUCGACGGAAAGUCUCUCACAGGAGACGACGACGACGUCUGGGACCCCAACAUCUCAGCCCAUGACAGCGGGAUGGUGAGAGACCCCAAAAAUUUUAUGGAUGACGAGGAAUUUGUGGACACCAUCAAAGGUUUCAGCACCGUGAGGAAAGAGCACACGAUGUUCACAGACACCAACCUGUGACCCGACAAAAAAAAAAUAAACGUUUGGUCCCCACAGCUCAGUCAUGAUGAGGCGCGUCACCACAGGGGUUCAUGGAAGAGAAGCUUCGUGUGACAAUGUCCAGUGGAGGAAGAAGAAGAAGAAGAAAUAUAUCUUUAUGUAAACACAAGUGGAAGAAAAUCCAUUUUAUUGACAUGAAGGAAGCAGCAGGACAAGCAGAAUCCCAUAGAAGAUACUUUAGUCUCCAUAUUCUACUCUGGUGUUUUCUGAAACAGGUCCUGAAUCAUCCUUUUAUUUUUAUGGACAUCUUAGGAUCUAAUGAGGAAGACAUGUAAACCUCAGUGUUGUGAAGAAGUCGGCUUCCAGGUGCCAUCAUGUUCAUCAGAAGCUGGAAAAGCUUUUUUUUUUCUAAACAAUUUACUUUCUGAACUUAAGAGUUUCAGACAUGCAGCUCCCUCCACAUUUAUUGGUGCGCCAGAUUGUCUCUAACAAUGAUUUCUAGAAAUUGCUUGUGGCGUUUCUAACUUACAAAUAAGUUAGUCUGG